AGAAAAGGAUAAUUUAAUAUUUUUAAUAGAGUUAACAGAGAGAAGAUAAAUCGAGGUUUUCACUAAUUCCCCAUUUGUUUACUUACCGUGUGUUUAAAGAAACGGCGACGUUUGCACAGAAUAAACCGUUUAUUACGGACUUAACUCCGUUACCCGCCGCAACGUCGUUUAUAAACGGAGUUUAUUAUUUGACGGAGAAAAAAACAAUAGAAAGCAUAUGAAAAUGGAUGGCGAAAACACAGAGCAAAGAGAAAGUAUAUAAAAACAUCUUUCAUCACAAUUAUCAAUUCUCAAACUCUAUAGAAAGAUAAAGGGUCGGACCCGAUACCUCAUCUUUCGCUGCAGUGCUCGUUUUCAGAGUAACAAAGGAAUCGAUUACAAAAGUGAUUAAACGAAAAAGCGCGAUACAGUUCCACAGAGAACAAGUUAGAAUUAGAAAGAUAAGCGCUCUCAGAAUCUUUUCUAUCUUCCGCUACUGUUCCAAAUCUUGCUCUGCUUCAAGUGUAGUUUCUGAAUUCUCUCACUAUCAUUACGGAAGCUUUGGAGCGAAAUUCUUUUGUGCGGUAAAUUAUUGACGAAAACUUCUUUUGAUAAGUAUAAACUACAAUUCGUAUAUAAUUCGCAACGAAAAUUGGAUCCUGUAAGCUCUUGAUUGACGAGUAAGGACGUAGUGCUUGAAUUCAUAGUUAUUCGUGAACUGAACUGAACGAAUGCGUCUCCGAUCUUCGACUAAUCGGAGACAGAAAGCUUAACAACGAGAGAAUUACGGUUUAUUUAAUUCCGAUCUGAUCAAAGUAGCGAAUUCUCCAUCUCUGUUUUAGCUUUCAGAAUUCUCAAAGUUAAUUCAGUCUUACAACGCAGUAACAGAAUUUUGUUCUAUGAGAUUUGAACUUUGUGAAGACCGAAUUUCAAAAUUCCGUUGAAUUACAUAACAGAAGAGAAAAGUGAGAUUCAGGUUUUGAUGGAGCUUCCUCAAUCACGUCCUUGUGGAGCCGAAGGGAGGAAAUCGACGCAUGAUUUUCUGUCGCUAUACAGUAAUCAAACUGGAGAACAAGAUCCAAGGCCAUCUGCUCAAGCUAGUUACCUCAAGACCCAUGAUUUCUUGCGGCCACUAGAACAAGUAGAAACGAAAUCCGAUACCAAGGAAGAAGCCACCGAUGAAAUCUCAUCUGUGGUUCAGAAUCAACCGCCUUUAGCAACACCAGCUUCAGUUGAGCACAUCUUACCUGGAGGAAUUGGGACUUACAGUAUCAGCCACAUUAAUUCCUACGUCAAUAAUAAUCAAAGGAUUCCAAAGCCAGAAGCAUCACUUUUCACAGUGCAUCAAGCAACCAGUGCAGAUAGAAACGAUGACAACUCCAACUGCAGUUCACAUACGUCAAGCGGUUUCACAUUGUGGGAAGAGUCUGACAUUAAAAAGGGAAAGACAGGGAAAGAGAAUAAUGUUGGCGAGAAGCCCAUUAUAGGAGUGGCAGAUUCUGCUGCUAAGCUGGGGCAGUGGACAUUGACGGAGCGAACAUCUCAAUCGUUUUCUAACAAUCUCCAUGGCAGCUUCAACUCUCGCUCUUCAUCUCAGACAACUGGACAGAAAAACCAGAGUUUUAUGGAAAUGAUGAAAUCUGCACAGGAUUGUGCCCAGGAUGAAGUGCUAGAAAAUGAAGGAACCUUUUUUCUCAAGAGAGAAUCCUCCAAUAAUACUCAAAGAGGAGAACUAAGGGUGAGAGUGGAUGGGAAGAGUACUGAUCAAAAGCCAAACACACCGAGAUCAAAACAUUCUGCAACAGAGCAGAGGAGAAGAAGCAAAAUUAAUGACAGGUUUCAGAUGCUACGAGAGCUUAUUCCACACAGUGAUCAAAAGAGGGACAAAGCAUCUUUUUUGUUAGAGGUUAUUGAGUACAUUCACUUUUUACAAGAGAAGGUGCAUAAGUAUGAAGGUUCAUUCCAAAGUUGGAAUAACGAGCCAGAAAAAUUGAUGCCAUGGAGAAAUAAUGACAGGCCAGCAGAGAGUUUUCAACCUCGUGGCACAAACAGUGGGCCUAAUCCAUCUCCAACAUUGCUGUUUGCUUCAAAGAUUGAUGAGAAAAAUACCACCAUCUCCCCAACAAUACAUGGAGGCCCCCAUAAUCUAGAAUCUGGCUUGAGUACACCACCAACUGCCUUCAAGACAAUGGAUCAUCAGUCUGGAAUAAUGAAUAAGGCUCUUCCAAAUCUUAUUUCUUCCCAGCCAAAUUUCUUCGCUUCAUCCCAAAUCGGUGGUUCAGGUGGAGCAGUGUCUCAACUCAGACAUAGAUUAGCAUCUGAUGCAGAAAACACAAUUUAUCAACCUUCAGUAGAAACUCAAGCUAUGACUUCAACCAGUGAAAAACUGAAAGAGAAAGAGCUCACUAUUGAAGGAGGUGCCAUUAGCAUAUCAAGUGUGUACUCGAAAGGGUUGUUGGAUACACUUACACAAGCCUUGCAGAGUUCAGGAGUGGAUUUGUCACAAGCUAACAUUUCAGUGCAAAUUGAGCUUGGUAAGCAAGCAAACAUCAGACCAAACGUACCGAUGUCAAUGUGUGUUACUAAGGAUGAUGAAGAUCCUUCUAAGAAUCAAAGGAAGAUACGCUCUAGAGUCUCUGGCUCUGAGAAAUCUGACCAAGCAUUAAAGAAACUAAAGACAUGCAGAAGUUAAUUCAACCCUUACAUUCAUUCUUUCCUUAUAAUAAUUUUUAUUAAUUAUUUGGGGUAACCUUUUAAAUUAAUUUUUGGAAGGGGUAUUUAUUUCCUGUGCUGGAUUAAUAUCCAGCAUGGAUGAGAUUGACUGUACAUGUAGUGUCUUAGUUUGUUGGGAUCCUUAGGCUCCCCCAACAAAAUAAUAUGCAUCUUUUUAGUUUCUAAAUAUAUAAUUAUAGAGAGGCUUCUAUACUAAUACAACAAGUUUUUUUUAUUCAAUUCAAGGCUUCCAUUGCUGUAAAGUUAGUAAACUCUUGGUCUUUUAUUUGCUGCAUAUUUUUUAACAUUGAUUCUGGUGGUCUUGUGUACUAUGCUUGAGUUAUAGGCCCCUUCCAUAGCUCAAUAUUUACGGCUUCACCUCCAUUGUGGUGAUGGCUAAUAAAAAUUACCUAUGAGAUA